GCCGGCCCCUGAUUGGCUGGCCGCUUCUGCUGCCUGGCGCGUAGGCUCGGUUCCGCUCCUCCCGUCAGAGUCCGCUUACCGACGCUUGCCCAACGCUGGCCCGCCGCAGCAUCCUGGAAGCGGCGGCGGCUGGAGCAGUGUGGACUCUCCAGGUUCUGCACUCAUUUGAUGAUAACUCCUGACUCCAGCUGAUUGAGGUUCCUGUUGUGUCUUAGUGCACUGUUUCGAUUGCUGGGGCUAAGAUGGACCUUGUUCUCAGUGCCGCAGAUUAUUAUUUUUUUACACCAUAUGUAUAUCCAGCCAGAUGGCCAGAGGAUGACAUCUUCCGACAAACUAUUAGUCUCCUGAUUGUGACAAAUCUUGGCGCUUAUAUCCUUUAUUUCUUCUGUGCCACAUUGAGCUAUUAUUUUGUAUAUGAUCAUUCAUUAAUGAAGCAUCCACAGUUUUUAAAGAAUCAAGUGUAUCGAGAGAUUAAGUUCACUGUACAGUCAUUACCCUGGAUAAGUAUCCCCACUGUUGCAUUGUUCCUGCUAGAGUUGAGAGGUUACAGCAAAUUAUAUGACAACAUAGGAGAGUUUCCAAGUGGUUGGUUUCACCUCAUUGUCAGUGUCAUCUCCUUCCUCUUUUUCACCGAUAUGCUGAUCUACUGGAUUCACAGAGGCCUUCAUCAUAGACUUGUAUACAAGCGUAUCCAUAAACCUCAUCACAUUUGGAAGAUCCCCACUCCAUUUGCAAGUCACGCUUUUCACCCAGUGGAUGGCUUCCUUCAGAGUCUACCUUACCAUAUAUACCCUUUUAUCUUUCCGUUACACAAAGUGGUUUACUUAGGUUUGUACAUCUUGGUUAAUAUCUGGACCAUUUCCAUUCAUGAUGGUGAUUUUCGUGUCCCCCAGAUUUUAAAGCCAUUUAUUAAUGGCUCAGCACAUCAUACAGACCACCACAUGUUCUUUGACUAUAACUAUGGACAGUACUUCACACUUUGGGAUAGAAUUGGAGGUUCAUUCAAAAACCCUUCCUCCUUUGAGGGGAAAGGACCACUUAGUUAUGUGAAGAAGAUGGCAGAAGAAAAAUGCAACAGCCCUACAGAAAAUGGUUGUAAAAAUGAAAAAUUAUGCAAUGGAGAAUUUACAAAGACUAAGUAAUUAUUGCCCAAUUAUUCUUAAAUAUUUUUAAUAAGGAAAAAUAAUCUACACACAGCCAAGAUACACAGCAAGUAAUUGGUAUCAUUUGAAAAUCAGCAUUGUGUGUUCGGCUAAGGAAUGGUGACAAAAGUAGGUCAAAGAAAGAUGGUGUGACCAUCAAGAUUAGAGUCUCAUGCUUAAAAUACAAGAUGCUGGCCCAGGGGACAAUUUUUGUCUUUGCAGCCAGCAGAUCUGUAGUUUGAUUAGCCUCAAGAACAAUUCUAAAUAAGAUAGAAAAUAUACUACUAAGGGGAAUAGGCUAUAUCCUUUUGCCUUAAUCCACCUGUAUUCAUUAAGAAAAAUUCAUUGUGCUUAAUAAUACAAGGCUAAGCACCAUAACCAAAAAAUACUAAUAUAAAGAUGGUUCCUUGUUCCAGGAAUGGUUAAGUCUUCAGUGUUGGUAUGAUAAUGAAUAUUCAUAGGACUUUGUUCAAGUGGAAAUGUCAGUGUGAAAAAGAAAAUUUGAUAUAUUAGAUAGCUAUGUCAAUAAUUUAAUGGCAGAUAUAAUAAAAUGAUUAUCUUCCUAUACAUAGGAGCCUCAUUUUCUGGGACACUGUCAAAUAGUCCAUUAUACUGAUGAAUAAAUAAAUGGAAAUUUUUAAAAAAAUCAAUUCUACCAUGAUUUAAUCCAGAUAUGGGAUUAUUUAGCUAGAGAAAUUGAUGCUUCUCAUUUAAAAACAUUAUUUAAUAAGUAUAAAAAAUGGAAUCUGAAUAUAGUUAGAGAAAUUUGAUGCCAAAGUAAUAUAUUUGGCACUACUGAUUUUUUAAAAUAAAAUUUAUGCACUGCACUUUUGAUAUGUUUCAAAGUUACAAAUCCAUCAUUGUUUAUAAAAGGAAGUAAUUGCCAAAUAUUUAGGUCUUCUUCUGAAGAUUUGUUUUGAAAUCUGAUUCUCCUAUUUCUCUACUUUCCCCCAUUGCCUCUGCAAAAAGGCUUAACAAAUACUUUCAUAAAGAAAUGUGUGUAUUGUAACAUAAAUAUAUUGGAAAAACAUGUUUUGUAAAGGCAUUCUACUAGCUGUUUAUCAAUCAAUAAAAGUUGAUCAUCCUAUUAUUAAACUGUAUCAGUUAAAUACUGUAAUAGCACAAAAUAUGCUCUAUGCAAAAUUUGUGUCAAUUUGAAACCACAUAGUUGAUGUGGAUUGUUAAAGCUAUUUUAGAACAUUCUAGAUGUUCAGUGUCAAUGAGAGAUAUUUCACAUCUUUAUUAGAUUUGGGUGUUUUAGCAAGAGACCAGUCAUAAAAUUUAAUGCCUGGGAUCCAGAAGAAAAUGUCUUUUAUUGUUACAUUGGUAAAAUGCCGUGUUACUUCACUGUACCAAUUAGCAUUUUAUAACAGAGAAUCACCUGAGUGCUUCUCACUAAUUCCCAACCCCACCACAGUGCUGCACCUUGCCCAAGAAAAAGAAGGAAAUUAAGAAGUCAUUUGUUUCCUAAUAAUAGUGACAGAUAAUAUGCAUUGAGUUUUCUUCUUUACCAGGCAUGGUCAUGAGUAUUUGACAUGAGGACACUUAACAUGAGCAAGGAAUAAACUCUAGAAAAGCUACUUUAGCUGGGUCUUAAGUGUCUUAAAUUUAUUCCUUGCUCAUGUUAAGUCCCAUGGGAUGUUUCUGGUCAGGGGGCAGCUUCCUUGGUGGCUUGCUUUUUCUCAGUCUGUAGAGCCCUCUUUAUUGAAGGGGCACAUGGGAGGGGGGAAGGAAAUGUUUGCUCAUGGGCAGUUUCUCUGGGUCAGGCCUACAAGUGGUGUGUAUCCUUUCUGACCACAUUCUUUGAACCCAACUGUCCUAUGGUUACCUCACUGAAAGGGAUGUGUGGAAAUAUGUGCAGCUAUUUUCUGGGAGGAAGGGAAAGCCAGUUUUUUGAACAUUUAGCUGGUUUGCCAUAUCCAUGUAGUUUAUAACCCUCUUUGUGAGGAAAUAAAGUUGUCAAAAUGGCAAAUGAACUCAAAAGUAUCUCCGUGCACUGGCUGUCUUAACAUCUUUAAUUCCAUACCUCCAAUAUGAGUGUUAAAAUUUCCUCUAGCUUUUUAUUCCUGUGUUGCUUAGUAGAUAGGAAAGGACAUCAUUUAUGGCAAGAGGAGUUCUAACUUUUAUGCACUCUGCCACAUUCUCCUAUUCUCUAUUAGAGGAAUUGAGAGAAUGUUGUAUCUGAAUUCUUCUCUGUAAGAACAGCAAGUGAAAGCCCUUUUUUCCUUGACUUUGAAACCUUUUCUAGUUAUAGGACAGAAAGGGAAAAGCAAGGUUACAUUUUCUUCUUUUAUGGGAGAAACUGGAAAGUGGUUGGAGAUGUGAGAAUACAUUUUAAAAGCCUGGAGACAUUUUCUGAGUCUUCAUCUUCCUCCCUGGUAAGGUCAAAUGCUGUGAAUCUCCUACUUGUUAUCCCUUCUCUCAUGUUUCUUUUUCCUCCAAUCUUCUAGAAGGGACAGAGUGGGGAGAGAAUUGUGAGUUCAGCUUUUGAUUCAUACAAGUAGGUUAGUUUUAGAAGAUGUCUGGGAGAAACUCAGGAGAGAGAUUUGGGGUUAACCCAGGUAGAAAAGUUUGAAAUCAUGAGAUUGCCAGAGAGAGCAUGAAAAAAGGUAUCCAUAGACAUGAACCAGCUUGAGGAGUGCUACGGAUCUGAACAAGUCCCCUAAAAUUCAUACUUACUCACCAAUAUGAUGCUAUUAAGAGGUAGGGCCUUUAGGAGAUAAGGUCUUGCCUUCAUGAGUGGGAUUACUGACCUUUUAAAAGAGGUGUAAGGGAACUCUUCAUCCCUUUUGCUCAAAUGAUGUGAGGACAUGAUAUUUGUCCCCUGCUGGAGGAUGCAGCAACAAAGCACCAUCAUGGCAACACCACAACCCGGCCAGAUGCUGACCCCAGCACCUUAAUCUUGGACUUCUCAGCCUCUAGAACUGUGAAAUAAAUUUCUAAUUAUAAAUGACCUAGUCUAAGUUAUUUUGUUAAAGCAGCAAGAAAUGCUUAAGGCAAGGGGAAAGAAGUUUCUUUUCUUGUCUUUCCUAUCUUCAAACCCAAAACACUUGACUAGCAGUCUUAUUUCAGCACUUUCUGUUUCCUAUCACCUUUUAUUAUCACAUGCACCUUAUUUGGGGCCACACAUUACUUGAAAGUAGAGACUAUCUGAGUCAUCUUUGCAUUAAACCAUUCUCACAAAAUGCCUAAGAGUCGAGGAAUACUUUGCUGUAUCUAUUGAUGAAAAGUGAAAAUGUUGUUCCCUUUGAGGCACAUAAAUGUGCUAAGCACUGUACUCAAUGCAAAUAUUUAAUCUGUUCUGAUGUUCCUUUUUUACCCAACAAAUUGUUUCUCAUUUAUUCAUUAGCUGACAAUUGUUAAUUACCCUGGGGGAGCCAAAAGGGACAGCGUAAAGCAAGCAGGGUCAAUGACAGGGUCAAUGACAGUCCCUGUAUCAAAGGAAGGCUCCUUUGUUUCCCUUGAAAGUAAUAGCCUUCUCCUGGAAGCAGGCAAAACCCACCAGUACCCCAGAUUCUGACCACAUGUGAAUCAGUAAUACAAGUACUGAUUCGGAGGUCAAAUGAACCUGCAUACCCAGCUGUAGGCACGAUGCUCUGGAUACAAAAGAAUCCUUCGAGAUUCUGUUUGAUCAUGUCAAGAAAGUGCAAACCUAGGAGGAUGAUUGAACUUCAUCUCAGAGUUACUAUUGCUAAGAAUUUUGGAUUCAAAUGGGAAUGCGUAAGUCCUGGCCCUCCCACUUCUGGACUGCAUGAUCUUGAUUUCUCCAUCUGAGUUGGAUUAAAACACUGCCUACCUAAUGAGAUUAAGUUAGAGGCACUCGGGUUACUCUAUGUGUAAAUUGUGCUAAUUGCUUUUCCUUCUAAGUACAGAUUAUUGUUAUAACUCAGAUAGGCUCUCAAUAGAAAUUGCAGGGGGAAAAUGCCUAGAUAGAUGCACAUUGGAGGGUGAAGUAAAGAAGAGUCUCAGAAAAUCAUACGAGUAAAGUUAAAAUUGAUACAGUAUCUACUGUAAAUUGAAAUUGUAAGAGGUAAAAUAUCUAGAUUAUUGAUGCUAGGUAAUUUCACUUUAAAAACACAUUACUUCAAACCAUAAUGCUAGUGUAGAAGAUGUGGAGAUAAAAUAGAAGCAAACAUUUCUUAAGAAAGAAAGGAAGCAUGUAAAUCACAUGUCAGCUUUACAGUCAAGGCAGUAUGGAAAGAAAAAUACAUGCAAAAUUUAGUUUUUUCUGGGGCUGGGGUAUAGUUCAGUGCUUUCCUAGCAUACAUGAGGUCCUGAGUUUGAUUCUCAGUGCAGCCAAAAAUAUACAUACAUUUUUUCCCCUUAAAUCUUGAUCAACUUGAAGAUCUUAUUAAAUUGUAAGUUCAGUAAAAAUAUUUUUUAAAAAAUGGCAUUCUCAUUUCAUGAUUAACUCAUAAUUUAACCUUCAAAUUCUAAACAUUCACUACCAUUUACAUACUAGUUAUAUUUCUUAAACAUUUGGUAAGAGAUUUAAUAUUUUGAUUUAAUCCCCUAAAAGACUUGGGGACUUGACAUAUUUUUCUAAGUACCUUGACAUCUUUUCAUUACUCAACCAUACUUAGUCACAAAAUAGCAUAACAGUAUCAGAAGUUAGUCACUUGACUUCAAAGUCUUUGUACCACAAGCUCGCUCUUACUUUUAACAUCGUUUGUUACAUUUUCCUCCAUUUUAAGGUGAUAAUUUUAUUCAGCCAUAUGUUUAGAUGAAAACUUGGCCUCCUGACAUGUGCUACCAAACAAAAAACUAGAAACCGUGCACAUUCAAAUAUUAAGACAGCUACUAUACUGAUUUCUGUCUGAUAUUCGUCAAGAUAGUUCUUCUUUUUGGUCAACUUAAUGGCGGUGUAAUUUACAUACAAUUAAGUGUACUCAUUUUAACAGUGCCAUUCAACUAGCUUGAACAAAUUUAUACUCUAAUGUCAACCUCAAUCAAGAUAGAGAAGACUUUCUUCAUCAGAAAAGGCUUCAUUUCCCUCUGCUAUCAAUCUCACCCCAGUCCUAGGUAGCCACUGAUCUGCUUACUAUCACUGGAAGUUAAUUUUUCCUGUUUUAUUUAGAGUUUCAUUUAAAUUGAUUAAAACUGUGUGUACUCUUAUAUUUAGUUUCUUUAGUUUACCAUGUUUUGAGAAUCAUGGUGUUGUAUAUAUCUGUAGUUUGUGCCUUUUUAUUACUGAAUAGUAUUCCAUUGUGUGGUUAUCUGUUGAUGGAUGUUUGUUAUUUCCAAUCUGGAGUUAUGAAUAAAGCUGCUAUAAGCAUUUGUGUGCAA